GAUAUAAAGAAAAGAGAUCAGUAAAUAAUGGAAUGGCGUCUUUUUAUUUGUGCAUCGUCUAUUGUUGCAGUUGGUUUUGUUGAAAUUGGACUUUGCAAUGGAAACGUUAUCCUGGCGCAUAUCAGCCAAUCAGAAGGUGACUGGCAAUCCGCUAUGCAGUUUUGUGGAUCGCCAUUUGGAUCAAGGAAUUCACUGAACACGUCUUCCGACAUCAGCGUAAACGUGUCGUCGUUCGGCGAAGUUAACCAGUCAUCAUGGAUUGCAGCCUAUGCCUUCUAUACCCCGUGGAUUAAAAUGCUAGGAUGUGUCAAUAUCACUGGUGAAACACUUUCGGGCCUCAUCGAAAGGCAGGUCACUUUGGAGCAAGUUAAUAUCUUCAAUUGUUUUCAGUUUUGUGAUGGACUGAAAUACUUUUCACUUAGUCAAACUGAAUGCUACUGCUUUAAUCUCUCGGUUUCAUCCGUAAGCGCCGAAAAAUGUUAUCCUCAGAGAUGCUUAGGAAAUAAUGAAGAUUUUUGUGGAGAAAAUUUAACAAGCAGUACGGUAUCCAUAAUGAAUUAUCAAAUAGUCACUUCAGAGUUUGUGGGUGAAGAGGAAUGUCUAGCUUCCAUGUUUACGGGAAUCUUCACCGAAAACAACACAAGCUACUAUGGUUUUCGAGCACCCGUUGUUUUACCUUGCAGUAAUCCAAACUUGGGGUAUACUUAUCGAACACAUCUGGCAUUUCCAGCUUCUCAUAGUUUUCGCUUGAAUACAGUACCUGUUGAUUCGUGGCAGGAAGCUGUAGAAAAUAGCUAUGGAAAUCAGUCUGAUGGAAAUCAGUCUGGACUGCUUGAAUUUGUUAUUUUUCGAGUUCCACUGACGGACCUUGAUCAACCUUUAGAAGGAGAUCGUUACUGGGUUGGAUUUCUUCGCAGACACAAGAUUGAAUUUUCGUCAGAAAUUCCACCAGGAAGUGACGUACACUGUGUGGCCGGAAGGAUAAGCAACAAAGGACAACUGGUUCUGUCAUAUCGCAACUGCAGUGAGAGUUUACCGGUUAUCUGUGAAGAACAAAGAACUGAGAUUACUUCUCUGUCGUCAUCCAUAUCAUCUACUCCCUCUCAAACAGCAGAAUCAACCUUGACGAAAACAACGACACGAAAUUUAAUAGGCAAUGAUGUUGGAACGUCAAGUGACAAGGAAUUGAUCAUCACCACAAGUACACUGGCCACGCUACUGGGUUUAGGGAGUAUUGUUGCAAUUGUUUUCUUCAUAAGGUCAACUCGAAAGCAAAAAUUACAACAUGAUUAUUCACAUUAUGAACAGCAACCAUCAACAAUCAACGAUAAACCAGUCUAUUCUGUAUUAUUUAACAAAAACGUGGAGGCAUCCAUAUAUUCAGAGGUGCUAGCGAGUGACAUUACACCAAAUUUAACUGAAAUACCUUCCACGGAUACCCAACAAAGGAUAUCGGGCUAUUUUGAAAUGCGUCCAAAGGCCUGGUUGAAAUCCCCUAAAAGGGACCAAGAGAAGAGGCUGAAUAGGAUGUCUGUUGAAAUGUUAUCAACGACGACUGAACGCCAGAGUUAUGUUGAUAUGUCACUAGAGAAUCCAACUCCCGAUCCAUAAUAGCCCAGCUUCAAUGAAUCUGGAUGCAUGACAUAUAUGUAUGGGCCUAAUGCUCAGUUACUUUGACGUCAUUUUCAUGUUUAAGUAAUAAUGUGUUUAAGUAUCAGCGUGAGUUUCCACUUUGCUUUUAAUCUAUAAAAUUCAAUGCUAAAAAUUUAUAUUUGGUAUAAAAUUUGUUUCAAAUAGUUUUUCCAUUUCAAAUGAUAAAUCACAUCUUUCCACCUGAGCAUGUAUUGAUAUUCUUAGUAUUUACUUCUUUCAAAUGCGCUUGUCCCCAUAGACCCUUAUUCUCUACAAUAAUUUAUUACUGCUUUGUUAAUAAUAUUCAUGAACAUUUCUCUCAGUAAAUCUUUUCCUACUCUAAAAUGCUUUGAAUUAAUUUAAGAGGAUUUAAUUAAUACCUGAUGUUCAAGGUUAAAAAAAAUUAGGACUUAAUAUGGAUUGGAUACCCUAUAGGUCAAUUUAUCAGAGAGAAACAGUGAAAGUUGUAUCAAAACUUCAUAAAGUAAC